AUGUUACAGCUGUUGGACGACACAUCAGAGGACCUGCCGGUUAGAGAUACAGACUCAGUACCUCUGAUGUUACCAGCCUCUAGAGGUAAGAAUUUAAAAACUCAACCUGCCUUGAACAGGAUGGGCCAAGAGGACUGGGAAGACCGUUUCCUUCGACUUCGUGAGGAGCACAUAUUGGUGAAAGAACUUUCUUGGAAGCAACACGAUGAGAUCAAAAGGCUGAGGACGACCUUGCUGCGGUUGAGCGCCGCGCGCCGGGACCUGCGUGCAGAGGCUGCGGCUGCGGCGGCGGCGCAGCUCUCGGAGCCCGCAAGGCUGCGGAGCAACGCGGGGUGGCGGUCGCGCCUCUCCACGCACCAGCGCCCCCUGAUGCAACUGCUGCAAGGGCAGGUCCAGCGCGGCGGCAGCCCCUCUGCUCCCCGCGGUGCCCAGCCUCGCGUCCGCGCGGGACCUAGACGGCUGCACACCGCUGGAGCGCCGGUGCCUGAGAAACCCAAGACGGGGCCAAGACACAGGCUGAGCUACACGGCCCCUCCCAUGUUCAAGGAGCAUGUGACAAAUGAAAAAACCAGAGAUGAACUAUCCGGUGAACCCAGUGAACUUGUUCCUAAUUCUAACCAUGUAAUUUCUUUGAGCAAAGUCGUAAUUAUGGGUAGACUCAUUGGUCGGUGCGUGCUUCCCAGUGUUCACAUGAUGACCAGCCAUGCUAUGCACGUGGAAGAACCACCCACAUCUCCUCAGAGGAUGUGGUCCAAGGUUGAAAACGGUGAUCAGAGAAGUGCACUGGAGUGUGCUCAGAAGGCCGCAGAGCUUCGAGCUUCCAUCAAGGAAAACGUAGAGCUCAUUCGACUUAAGAAGCUUCUUCAUGAAAGGAAUGCCUCCUUGGUGGUGACAAAAGCACAAUUAGCAGAGGUUCAAGAGGCAUAUGAAACAUUGCUCCAGAAGAACCAGGGAAUCCUGAGUGCAGCCCAUGAUGCGCUCCUCAAGCAAGUGAAUGAGCUCAGGGCGGAGCUGAAGGAGGAGAGUAAGAAGGCUAUGAGCCUGAAAAGUCAACUGGAAGAUGUGUCUAUCUUGCACAUAACUCUGAAGGAGUUUCAGGAGCGAGUUGAAGAUUUGGAAAAAGAACGAAAAUUGCUGACUGACAAUUAUGACAAACUCCUAGAAAACAUGCUGGACAGCAGUAACCAGCCUCACUGGAGCAAUGAGCUUCUACAAGCUCAGCUACAGCAGCAAGUCUCUCAACUGCAAGAUCAGCUGGAUGCUGAGCUGGAAGAGAAGAGGAAGGUCUUACUUCAGCUGUCCAGAGAGAAAGCUGAGAACAAGGAUCUGAAACUUGAAGUCACCAACAUGCUUCAGAAACAUAAAGAGGAAGUUGAACUCCUCCAAAAGACAGCCAUAAUUUUUCCAUCUCCUGACAGGCAAUCUGAGCCAACCACGCACCCAGCUCUAGUCCGAGAAGCCACUCAGAUAGAGCCUAGUGAGCCACAAAACCAAGAAGAAAAGAAACUAUCCCAGAUGUUAAAUGAGCUACAAGUAUCGCAUGCAGAGACCACCUUGGAACUAGAAAAGACCAGAGACAUGCUUAUUCUACAGCGCAAAAUCAACGUGUGUUAUCAGGAGGAACUGGAGGCAAUGACAACAAAAGCCGAUAAUGAAAAUAGAGAUCACAAAGAAAAACUGAAGAGGUUGAAUCAACUCCUAGACCUCAAGAACAACCGUAUCAAGCAGCUGGAAGGUAUUUUAAGAAGCUAUGGCCUCCCAACAUCUGAACAGCUCAAAGAUGUUGCUUACGGUACUCGACAGUUGUCAUUACCUCUGCAAACACUGCCAUCCCGGGAAAAUGAGGACACAGUGGAAACAUCUCUGCUGCAUCAGAAUGAGAAUCUUUUUGAACUACACAUCCACCAGGCCUUCCUGACAUCUGCUGCCCUGGCUCAAGCGGGAGACACCCAACCUACCACUUUCUGUACUUAUUCCUUCUAUGAUUUUGAAACCCAUUGUACCCCACUCUCUGUGGGGCCACAGCCCCUCUAUGACUUAACCUCUCAGUAUGUGGUAGAGACAGAUCCCCUUCUCUUGUACUACCUUCAAGGGGCCUCUGCCCGGCUUGAUCUACACCAGGCUGUGGCCGGUGAACACCACACCCUUGCGACUGGAUGGAUUUGCUUUUACAGGGUGCUAGAGACUGUGGAGACGGUCUAUGGCACAGUCAAGCUUACUGGAGCUGGCGGAGAAGACUUCGGGGUGCUAGAGUACUGGAUGAGGCUGCGCUUCCCCAUUAGACCCAGCCUACAGGCAUGCAAUAAACGAAGGAAAGCCCAGGCCUACCUGUCAGCCAACGUGCUUGGUGCCUGGGAGGCCCAGGAGGAUGAGUCCAGAUCAGCGACUCGGAAACCUCAGAAUGAGCUGCGGAUUGAAAUCACCAGGUGCUGCGGCCUCCGGAGUCGAUGGCCAGGAACUCAACCCAGUCCAUAUGUCAUGUACCGCUUCUUCACCUUUCCGGACCAUGACACCGUCAUUGUUCCAGCCAGUAACAAUCCCUACUUUAGAGACCGGGCUUGCUUCCCAGUGCUUGUGACCUCUGACCUGGAUCACUAUCUGAGGCAGAAGGCCUUGUCUAUAUACGUGUUUGAUGAUGAAGACUCAGAACCUGGCUCCUACCUUGGCCGAGCCCAAGUGCCCCUGCUGCCUCUUGCACAAAACAAAUGUAUUAAAGGUGAUUUCAACCUCACUGACCCUGCAGAGAAGCCCAAUGGCUCUAUUCAAGUGCAGCUGGACUGGAAGUCUCACUACAUACCGCAGGGGAACUUCCUGAAACCAGAUGCUCCGACCAAGGACAUAGAUGCCAAAGACAAUGUAGAGCUCUCAUCUGAAGAGGAAAAGGCAUCCUUUUCUCCCCAGGACCAGAUGGACUAUAAUGAGAUUCCCAUUGAAGCUGGCCAGUACCAAGCAAAAAGAAAACUUCCUCAAGUGGGAGAAAGAAAGGAAAGGGAACAUCAGGUUACGAGCUACUCAAGAAGAAAACAUGGCAAAAGAUCUGGUGCCCAAGGAAAGAACAGGAUGGAGUAUCUUAGUCGUAAUAUCUUAAAUGGAAACACACUACAGCAGGUUAACUACACUGAAUGGAAGUUCUCGGGGCUCAAGAUCUCCACAGAUGAUGAUUUGAAAAAUCAGAGCCAGGAAGAGGAAAUGGCAUUAUCUCAUUCAACCCUGAAACAGAAGGAGCCUCUCCACCUUGUAAAUGGUAAAGAAUCCUGUGAACAAACUUCGGAAGUCAGUGAAGCACCGUCUACAGACAGUGAUGACAUCAUAGUGCCACCUCUCUCUCAGAGACACAUUAAGGCAGAUUCAGAGAAGAUGUGUAUUGAAAUUGUCUCCCUGGCCUUCUACCCAGAGGCCGAAGUGAUGUCCGAUGAGAACAUCGAACGGGUGUAUGUGGAGUACGAAUUCUACGAUCUACCCUUGUCAGAGACAGAGACUCCAGUAUCCCUGAGGAAACCGAGGCCAGGAGAAGAAAUCCACUUCCACUUUAGCAAGGUGAUAGACCUGGACCCAGCGGAGCAUCCAGGCCGAAGGCAGUACCUGUUUGCCAUGCUGAACGGACAAGAUCCUGAGCAAGGACAUUUAAAGUUUACAGUUGUAAGUGAUCCUAUGGAUGAAGAAAAGAAUGAAUGUCAAGAAGUAGGAUAUGCUUAUCUUGAACUGUGGCAGAUCCUGGAAUCAGGAAGAGAUAUCCUAGAACAAGAACUAGAUAUUGUUAGCCCCGAAGACCAGGCUGCCCUGAUAGGAAGGCUGAAGGUGUCCCUUCAAGCAGCUGCUGCCCUCCAAGCCAUUUACAAGGAGAUGAGAGAAGAUUUGUUUUCAUGAAGGAACAAAUGCUAUUGCAUUCUAAACUCUGAGGGAACCAUAGUAAAAAGUCUCUUAUAAAGUAACUUGCUACAUGAAUUUGUUUACUGUGAUGUCUAGACUCUCUCAACCUAAUGAUGAAAGUUAAAAAUAAUGAGAGGUUUUUUUGGUUGGACAGAAUCAUUUUUCUAUAAUACCUUAGCACUCUAACAGAGAGGCAGCCUGCUUUUAGGAAUUGCAAAAUAAUAGUUGGUCACAAAAAGCGAAUUUACAAAAGCAAAAACAACAACAACAAAAAAAAAAACCACAGUUUAUUUAUCUUUUAGUUCUUCCAAAAUUGAAAAUAUCAAGUCCUACUGCUAAGGAGAAAAAACAAACAAACAUAAAAUCCGAGAACCCUCCCCCCCUUCUCUUAAAGUCACAGAACACAUAAGGAACUGCAGUGGGACAGGUGGGUGCAGAGAACCAGGAGGGGAGGAUGGCAAGACAAACUCCCCAAAUACUUAAAGAACUGUUCAACAGAAUCUGUGAUAAAUACAGGACAACGCAAGACAAGUAAAAAUAAGGAGCAGCAGUGACGAGAGGCUGUGUUGUAGAUAUGGUCUCCCUUCCUCUUCUCUUUUCUUGUCAGGUUAUUCUAGGCCCAAGGCAUGACUUG